AUGAGUGACAAUCAAUUUCUUGAAGGAACCUGGGAGAGGCUGUCCCAAGUUGCUGUCAAGGGUGCUGAAUAUGACUCUCCUGAACGUACUUGGGUGGGUCUCCUCAAGCUCAUCUACAGAUACAUGGAUGACACAGAAAAGAAUCAACUCAUCUGGCUACAUGGCAUGGCAGGCAUUGGAAAGUCCACUGUUGCGUUCACAGUAGCUGAGAGGAUGAGAGGUCUAAAAAUGACAGAGUGGAUGAGUGUCGAAAUGCAGCUAGCGGGAACAUUCUUUUUCUUGCACAAGCACACGAGACCAUCUGGCAGGGAUGUGAACAGAGCGAUCCAUGACAAUCCUGCUCUACUGGACCCAGACAUGCCUCUCUAUGACCAGAUGGAGGCUCUCUUUCUCAAACCCCUCCGGAAACUUCAACCCAGAUUGUGUGGGUAUCAGCCUCUGACAUUUGUUGUUGAUGCCCUUGAUGAAUGCACAUCUGAAUCUGAGCUUACUGACCUCAUCCUUUCCCUCACCCAGGCUCUUCAUGAGCCUGAUCUACCUGUGACCCACAUUCUGCUCACAAGCCACUUGGAAUUGCAUAUUAGCAAAGUAUUUCAGAAUGAAGAGCAUUCCUUCCAAGAGCUGGAAGCUUGCCAUCCCAAUUUCCUGCAGCCAUCAGAGGUUGACCUUGCAAAGCUGGCAAGCCAAGCAGGGAAGAUGUUUCAUUGUGGCAUCUACAAUGAUGAAGUUUAUUGA